CGUUCUCGUGCGGUGUUCCAAAUUUGAAUUUUUGAAAUAACCGUUUUUUGAGUGAAGUGUUCUGUGAAGGUUUGAGUUUGGAGUUUUUAUAGGUUAACGCUUUCGUGUAAGGAAAAUCUCAAGUACCUCAAUAACUAUGAAGAUCCUCCUCAUCAGCGCUCUAGCGGUGGUCUGCCUAGCAGAGCCCCCGGUGAACAGGUACCUCCCUCCUCAGGCCGGGGGCGGAGCACCCUCGCAGCUGUACGGAGCCCCCGGCGCGGGGCACAGCCAGACUGAUGCUUUGUUCGGUCGUGGCUCAUCCCGUGGCGGUUCCCGUCGCCCCUCAAGCCAAUACGGAGCGCCCUCCCAAGGACAAUUCAACGCCCCAUCUUCUCAAUACGGCGCCCCUGGUCAAAACCAGCCUUCUUCUCAAUACGGCGCCCCUUCUACCCAAUACGGCGCCCCAGGUGUAGGCCAGCCUUCAUCGCAAUAUGGAGCGCCUUCUGCUUCCCAGUUCGGCGCCCCGUCCUCUCAAUAUGGUGCUCCUUCUGCUUCUCAGUUUGGCGCCCCGUCGUCUCAGUAUGGCGCCCCGUCCGCUAAUGCUCCUUCUCAGCAGUAUGGUGCUCCUGGAUUCGGUGGUUCUCAAGGCGGAGGUUCUUACAGAGGUCAGGCUCAGAGCCGUCAGUACCUGCCCCCUGGUGCCGGAGGAUACGGCAGCGAUGAUGGCAGCAACGGAGAGCCAGCGAACUACAACUUCGAGUACAUGGUGAAGGAUGACCAGUCUGGCAACGACUUCGGUCACCGCGAGUCCAGGCAGGGAGACAGGGCUGAGGGACUUUAUUACGUGCUCCUCCCUGAUGGUAGGAAACAGACCGUGCAGUACGAAGCCGAUCAAGGCGGUUACAAGCCGAAGAUCUCUUACGAAGACACCGGCCUGGGUCAGGGAGGUUACGACAGAAACAGCCAGUCUGGCUACAACGGUGGAUACCAAGGACAGGGCUAUUAAAUAACUCCAAAAAUAGGGCUUAGGCUUAAAUAUACGAAACAUGGUAAUGAAGUUGGGUAAGACCCGGUUUUGUUAGUGUCAGUUAGUUAUAUGAUAGUUGAUGGUAUCUGCCAGAUAAAGAAUGCUUGUAAUUUUUGUCAGAUAUUGGUAUUCGAGACCUGUGUUUGUGUCUGAUAAGUUCCUGAUAGGCUAUCAGAGACUUUCAGUAAAUGAUGAAACUGGUCAUAAAUUACCUCCACAUAAGUGUCAGUUAUCUAUCAGCUAGUGUUUCGUAUAUUUAAGCCUGUCAAAGAAUUUUCGACUUUAUCAAUCGGUUUUGGAUGGAUUUUGUUAAACGUGUUAAAAGUUAAAAAUAUGUAAUGGAAAUGAAAAAUGGUUGUUACUAUUAAUAUCAUUCGAACUGAUAAAAUAUGUAAAUUGUGAAACUUAUAUUUUGACAGUUGACAUAUUUUAUCUGUCAUGUUUGCAAUAUGGCGGGAAAGUUGGAGAAGUUAUGUGGAAAACGAAAAUGUUAUGUUUUUUAAUGUUGUGCCGUAUUUAAGACAAGUCAAUUUGUUUUAGUAGGAUUAUAUUUUAAUUGAAUCAAGGCUAUUGUUUUAACUAGCCUUGAGAGUAAAUGCAAAAGGAUAAUAUUUUCGUUCUCGACAUUUUUGAGGUUAUAUUUUAAGACGACGACUUACGCUGUUUUUAAAGGAAACGAGUCAUUUACGAGAUUUUGUACAAAACGCUUAUUUAGAAGUAGUUUUAAGGAAAACAAAAUGGCGAAAUAUCUUUUUUAUUUAUCAAAAAAUCUUCAUCAAUCUAUUUAAAAAAAAAACUAUUUUGUCUAUUGUUUUUCUUAUACAUAUAUUUUAUUUGUGAACUGUUCAGAAAAAUAAUUUUAUUUUGAAAUUAUCGAAUAAUAUUAUGAUUUUGAACAUUUUAAUGUAAUUACGACUUUGCAGGCCAGUUAACCCAAAUGCUCAAAAUUAAAUUAAGCAUUAUUAAAAAUGCUUUUAAUACAGAUUAUUAAUAGUCAUAGCGGACGAAAGAAAACGAUGUAAUAAUAUGAAAAUCAUUGCUCUCAUAUUUAUGUAUUCAUAUAAAUAAUAAACAUUUAGUACUUUAGAUCGCGUAACUCAUUAUUUUGUAAAUAAAUGAUUUAAAAAAUA